UCCAGCGGUUUCGAGAGAAGGGGAUUCUGUUCGUCGACUGUUCUUGUCCUAACGUGCAUUAUCGCGCAGCUUUCUCAAUUCUUCGUUAAAUCUCAUCAUCUUCCACUGCAACAAAGUUACUCUCUCACCAUUUCACUCGCCUGAGAAACGUAAAAUGGUGCAAGAAUGGAUGUGGAUAUUACGUCAUGGGCACAAUUGAUCAACACCCUUCCUUUCUCCUACUGAGUUUACUGCGACAAUAGACCGUCCUAUUUCAAUUGUGCGACUUUCAUCUCGGUAGACCACAUUUAAUGUUAUUUACUAUUCGUUAUUAGACAGAAAUUCGUGAGCCCAAGGGAAUAUGACCCACAGCCUCGAUUUGUCGGAACAACAAGCUCUUCUUGACAAAAGGAACCUACAAGGAAGGCGCUAUGAAAGUCCAUACUACAGUGGCAGUGAAGUAACGAUGCUUAAUCAGCCAGGUGCAGCAAGUGAUCUAGACACUACUUCAAGUGUUGGUGUGUUUAAAUCUCGUUCAGUGAUCCAACCACCGGCUGAAAAUCAUUACACGGAGGGUAUACCCAUUUGGAGAGCAGCUCUUUUGGUGGUAAAUUCAGCUCUUGGUGCUGGAAUUUUGAACUUUCCUCAAGCAUAUGCAGAAUGUGGAGGCAUUACCACCGCUCUUACGGCUCAAAUGUGUUUAUUGGUGUUUAUUACGGGAGCAUUCCUGAUCCUAGCAUACUGCGCUGAAAACCACGGCUCACAGAAUUUUCAAGAGAUAAUCCGUGAGGUUCUUGGUCCAGGGGCAUACAUUAUAACGCAGAUAGUCAUCAUGUUGUACAUGUUUGGUUCUACUGUGGCAUAUAUGAUUUUGAUUGGUGAUCAACUGGAGAAAGUUGGAGAGGCUAUUGACUCUUCGCCUGGCUGGUAUUUAAGUCGGGAAUUUCUCAUGUGUGCCAUGUGCAUUCUCUUCCUCUUGCCUUUGUGUCUUCCAAAAACUUUGAAAGUUCUCAGUUAUUCAAGUGCUCUUGGAACAGUUGGGGCACUUUUUGUUUGUAUAGUAACUGCCAUAAAAUACUUUGAAGGGCAUCACACUGAUAGUAAAGAAUAUGAAAAGAAAGACCCAUCUUGGAGUUGGACACAGGCCUUUGCUGCCAUUCCUAUUAUUUGCUUUGGUUUUCAGUGUCACGUCCCUUCCGUGGCUGUUUAUGCAGAACUGAAAAGAGCCAGUGUACCCAGAUUCGGCAUUGUUGUCGUCAUAGCAAUGGCAAUUUGCACCACAGCUUAUACCAUCACUGCAUCAUUUGGCUACUUAACAUUUGGUACAAAUGUUAAAAGUGAUGUUCUUUUGAGUUACCCUCCUAAUGACAUUUUGGUCAGUAUUGCAAGGGUCACAAUAUGUCUCAUAGUUUUAUCAACAGGGGCAGUUGUCAUUUUUUGUGGAAGGAGCUGUUUGGAAGGUUUGUAUUUGGCAGCCUUCAGAAUGCCUCCAACUCUUGCUGAAAGAUAUGAAAAACGGAGAAGAAUCAUACAAACAUUAUUGUGGUUUGGGUCAUCCCUUAUUAUUGCUGCCUACGUGAAAGACAUACAAUAUGCAAUUGCACUUAUUGGGGGACUGGCUGCACUAUUCAUUUUCUUUUAUCCAGGGAUCUGUCUCGUUCAAGAGAUGGUACAAUAUCCAGUUCUUACAUUGAAAAGAAAAUUAUUGAUUCUUUUGGGUCUCUGGUAUGUCGUUGUUGGAGUGUUCUUAUUUGCAGACUCUGAAGUGUUUGCCAUUAUGCAAGACAUAAAAGCGAAAAGCUUGUAUUGAUUGCUCCGAGAAAUAAAUUGUAAAUCCAGAG